AGCCUAUAACGUCUCAGCGAAGCCAGGCCCUUUCUGCUCACGCGCACGCCGCCACGCCGCGCCAUCCUCCUCGCCGUCGCCGGUCUUCCCCGUCCGGCGCCCCUCGCAGCGUCUUCCCCCCAGCUGAGAAAGCGCCGUGCCCUGGCCAGGGCCGGCCCCUCUCAGCACUGCUCCGCGCGGCCGUGAGCCGUCGCCGUCGCCCCCGGCUGGCCUCUGUUGCCCCUCGACGCGGCCACUCCGCUCCCCAGCUCCUCGCCCGGCCUGCCUAUCCCCCUCCGCUGCUGGCCGAGACUACGACCGAGACUAGUCUAUCCACGGAUCAGGAAUGUCUGCUGCCAAGCCAGGGGCGGCCGCCACGGAGCAGCGUCAGGAGGGUUCGGCGGAGGAGGGGGAGGAGCAGCGGCUGCGAGUGGUGCUGCGGCACCUGCAGGUGGAGGCCGGGGUGCUCGAGCGGCUCGUGUACAAGCACCGGAACCAGCACCGCGGCGCCGCCUACUUCCAGUACCUCAUCAAGGUGAGGAGGGACCUGAAGCUGCUGCUUGGCUCGAAUGUUGCAGAGGUCAUAAACGCCGCGUUCCCGGUGAUCGCCUGCCGCAAGCCAGCCAACACGAUCCUUGUUCCGAACAGGCAGGGUAAGAAGAAGCCUGGUGCAAACCAUAGCCACUAUAAGAGGCUUUUGGGUGUUGCUCGUUUGCUAUCCCAGAUGGUUGAACCUGUCAUAAAGGGUGCAGUUCAGAUCACACUUUUACUUGCUAGAUCAUUUUUCAUAGAAUUCUGUACAGCAGUGCUGGCUUUGCUUGCGCGAGUGAGGGUGCUCAUACAACAGAUGUUAAUUGAUGUUGUAUCGUUAUACAAUAAGGUUACUGAUCUUACGGAUAGGAAGCAGGCUGUUAAGAUCACUAUUGAUAAAGUACAGGCUUUUAGAGAGUACUACCCCUCAAACAACGAUCCCAGUACUACCCUGGAGUGUGCAUGGGUGAAAGAUAAAUUUGUUUUGCAUGAAAGGAACAAAGCUAGCUCUGAGAAAACCCAAGAUGAGGAUGACAAGUCAUGUGCUCCAGAUUCAUCGAUCCAGUAUGAGACCCUUGGACCCGUUAGUGAAGAGAUGGAGAACCUUGAUGGAUCGAACUCCCCAGCCAAGCAACAAGAUGCUUCUCCUGCAGAUCAACCAGAUAAAGCCACCCCUUGCGGCGAUGCUGCAGAUUCUUAUAGUGAGAGGCCAGCACCAAAUGAGAACACUACGGUUCCUCUUCCUGACGCGCUUGCUGUGCCUGUGCCUGUGCAUUCGACUCCACGCACAGAGGUCAAAGCUGAUACGAGGAAGAGAGUGGCAUUCAUCGCAGUGGGGAAACCAAAAGUUACCGUGACACGACCUGAGACAACUUCAUCGAUAGCAACGAAGAAGCAAAGAGUGGAUAUUAUUCCACCUGCCCCUGCAGAUCGUGCUUUCUUAACUUGGAAAGAACAACCGACAGUAUAGCGACGAGGCAAAUCAAAGGGCUAAUGUCUUGACUCUUAGUAGAUCGAUGUAUUCGUUAGUUGAUUUGAUGUAACAUUCUCUUUUCUUGCAAGAUUAGUCCAAUAUACUCUGUGGCGCAUUCAGUUUACUCCA